AUGUAUGCAAUGUGUUCACGUUUGGCCGGUGCCCGAACGCUGCUAUUUCCCUACCGGGGACUGUAUAACCGGUGCUCGACGGUUUAACCGGUUCUCUCAUUCUACGUUUAUCCACGCAGUUCGAAGAAUAACAUUAGUCAGUUACGCAAACUACGAAGCUGACUUUGUAGCCCUUAAAUUGCGGAGGUCGCCGGCGCCCAUGCAGCGCUUGCCGAGCGCUUGCAGGUCGUCGCUAGUCAAGGCGAUUGAGAAGACCACCAACCAUGACGUGAAGGCCGUGGAGUACGUGCUCAAGGAGCAAUUCCGCGCCCACCCCGAGCUGGCGGCGGUGCUGGAGUUCACUCACUUCGCCUGCACCAGCGAGGACAUCAACAACCUGAGCCACGCGCUGAUGCUCAAGGAGGCGGUGCAGGGCCACGUGCUGCCCACCAUGGACAAGCUGAUCUCGGAGCUGGGCCGCCUCUCCCGCGACUUUGCGGACGUGCCCAUGCUGUCGCGCACACACGGCCAGACCGCCUCGCCUACCACCAUGGGCAAAGAGAUGGCGGUGUUCGCCUACCGCCUGAAGCGCCAGCGCGAUCAGCUGGCGGCGGUGCCGUACCUGGGCAAGAUGGCGGGCGCCGUGGGCAACUACAACGCCCACAUGAGCGCCUACCCCGAGGUGGACUGGCAGGCGGUGGCGGAGGAGUUUGUCCUAGCCGAGCCCAUCCAGACCGUCAUGCGGCGGUACGGCGUGCCCGAGCCCUACGAGAAGCUCAAGGCCUUCAUCCGCGGCCAGCGCGUCACGCAGGAGUCGAUGAUGACCUUCGUGGACGGCAUUGACGGCCUGCCGGAGCCCGCCAAGGAGCAGCUGAAGAAGCUGACGCCUGCCAACUACAUUGGCAACGCCGCCCAGCAGGCAACCAGCCUGCCGCACCAUCUCUGAACAGCGGCGGCAGACUAGCGCGCCGCACCGCGAACUGAACGCGGCGGCGGAUUGCGUCUGGGGCUUGGGGCGAACGCCCGAGCCUGGAGCUCGGGCGAAGUUCAGUUUGAGGCUGGGCAUGUGGGCAAGUGGGCAUCAGCAGCUGGAGGGCAGCUGAAGCGCUGGCCAGAGGGCAUUUGAAUGGAGCAGCGGGUUAGAAGGCUUUGCUCGCGGUGAAAAUGUUGGGCGCAGCGGGUCAGGUGUGUCGUAAGAAGGUACCGCGGGCGCCGCGAAGGGGCUUGGAAGGGGAAUGCGCGCGUGUUUGGGGAUCGAACAUGCGUCGUGUUUACUGCAGGCUGGGUGUGAGUGUGACACGAGUACGCGAGCAGCAGCACAGGGACGUUGACGGCGAACAAAAGCGGGCGACGCGUGUCCUGCUUCGCUCUGGCCUGGUGACGUCUUGGGCGGCUCAAUGUGGUUUAGACGGUGUAUUGGAGCUCGGGUGUGGGCGUUUGAGUCGCGCACCACUAUAAGGACGGGUUUGUGCGUUAUGGCAUGCGUUAGCAUGUUAUUGACAUGUGUUAAGCAUGGAAAUU